CCGUAGGUGGGCUUUCCCUCACUUGCUUUUCGGACAGCAAUUGGUUUCUUCUCCAAGGAAGAGCUCUAGGUUUUCCCUGCCCACUGUCGGCUUUUCAGGUUUCCGCCCCUGGAGAGGAGGCGGCGCCCUAGAUCGGCCUUCGUCCUCCGCCUGAGUGAGAUCGUCGGAACACUCCAUUGUUGCCUGGAGGGGUAGGAGUGGGCGUGGCGGAGCCGCCUCCUCCCGGGAGCAUUCCCGGGCCGACCUCACUCGUUCAUCAGCAGGAGCUGCGGCGCCAAGAUGAGCGGGCAAGAGAAUCCAGCCAGCAGGCCCACACCGGUGCAAGACGUGCAGGGCGAUGGGCGCUGGAUGUCCCUGCACCAUCGGUUCGUGGCCGACAGCAAAGAUAAGGAACCCGAAGUCGUUUUCAUCGGGGACUCCUUGGUCCAGCUAAUGCACCAGUGUGAGAUCUGGAGGGAGCUCUUUUCUCCCCUGCAUGCACUCAAUUUUGGCAUUGGUGGUGACAGCACACAGCAUGUAUUGUGGCGGCUGGAGAAUGGGGAACUGGAACACAUCCGACCCAAGAUCGUGGUGGUCUGGGUGGGGACCAACAACCAUGGGCAUACAGCAGAGCAGGUGGCUGGUGGCAUCAAGGCCAUUGUGCACCUGGUGAACCAGAGGCAGCCCCAGGCCCGGGUCGUGGUGCUGGGCCUGCUCCCGAGGGGCCAGCACCCCAACCCACUUCGGGAUAAGAACCGACAGGUGAAUGAGCUGGUACGGGCAGCAUUGGCUGGCCACCCACGUGCCCACUUCUUGGAUGCUGAUCCUGGCUUUGUGCACUCCGAUGGCACCAUCAGCCACCAUGAUAUGUAUGAUUACCUCCAUCUGAGCCGCCUGGGGUACACACCGGUCUGCCGGGCCUUACAUUCCCUGCUUCUGCGUCUGCUGGCCCAAGACCAGGGCCAGGGUGUCCCUCUGCCAGAGUCCACAUCCUAGACAUCCUGCCUUUCCACAUUAAAUUCCUCUUUCUCAGUC